AACCAAACCCAAUAGCUACAGUUUUAGAAAUUUGUAGGUUAAACCAAAAAUGUCUAGCUCAACUAUUCCAGUGUACACAGAGUGUCAACUGCAGAAUCAUGCUGGUAAAAAUCAAUAUGUAACGUUGGACAACCAAAACUAUUGGCAUGGCAAUAGAGAUCCCCCAAGACCGAUUCAAGAUCAACAAGCCGGUGAGUUUAAGCACAAUACCGAUUCAAAAGGUUCCAUCGGAGGUGUUGCAUAUCUUCUCAAAGACAAUAAGCUUAAGUGGAUUAUUGCUUGGAGCAAUGUUGAAAAUGAGCCUAACAAGUGCAGGUCUAUACUGAUCAUUGAAGGCAACAAAGCUAUUGAUUGGUCUCAAAUCAAAGUCAGUCUUGGCAAAUCUAGGAACCAAAGCAACAACAAUAAUAAAUUCGGAUACUUGUCUGAGGCUGUCAUUGAUCAAACCAGUCCUACGCCAACAUUGAAGGCAACACUCAGGCCCGCUUCUUAAGCGGCCUUUGCUUGCUGCUCGAUGCCUAUAUCUGAGGAAACUGCGGUGGUAAGGCCGUAAAAAUAAAAUAUAGUAGUAGCUAUCGGACUACUACUAAUAAUACUAAAUAAUUAAUUUAACAGCCAACCAGUCAGCAUUACUAGCUCUAGCUACUAUCUAAUGUAUGUGUGGUUAGUUUGUCUUUGUUAUUUGUAAUAUUUCAGAGGCCUUUGAAUUAAUUAUGUCAUGCCUAUAAAUGACCAUGACUAUUUAUAAUAUUUUAGCCCUUAUUUAUGAAUAAAAAAUUCAAGACUUUUAAUUAUUCUUGCUCAUUUAACACUCACGUUUCCUAGUGGAUCGUAAUUGAACUAUAAACAUUAUUUUGAGCCACUUAAAUUCUUAUAUAAUGAUAUUUUUAUGAAAUUAAUGACAUCACAAUAUCAAGAACAUAAAGGUUAUGAGAUUUUUUUUAUAAUUAUUUUGGAAACUUUUAUA